GCUGCGCGCUCUUGAGAUAGACUACCCCGGAUAGGCUAUGUCUCCUUUUCCAAUUUCACAAAUGUCUCCCUUGCUUCUGACAAUAGAAGACGAUACAUUGGCACAGCGUUGGGAAUCGUUUAUUAUUACAUUUUGCUGCUGGAAAUAAAUAGGCUGCCUGUCUAGAGAGAUGUGCAUCGCUCCAAAGGAGACAUCAAGUUUGACAACUGUAACCAUCUAGGCUACGAUGAAGCAGGGUGCACGAGGAGUUAGAGCAUUUGGUUUGGCUGGAGACUUUAUGUUACCGCUUUUAUCAAUGACAUGACUAUUUCACCACGCACAAUGGAGGAUAAAUCCAACAAACUCAUUUUGAUUCCGAUACUGGCCGUGGUCUUCUUGAUGAUAGGCUAUCAGUACAUUUGUCCAGCCGGCAGUAACUCUUGUCGCUUUCUAACUGGGGACAAGUUGAGUGGAAUGUUCCGCCAAUAUCACUCGGGGGACGACAUUUACGCGUACCAAGAUGGGCUGGACGAGGAGGGUUCCUCAAAAAUUCAGUCUAAAUUCAAUUUUACUGACCGAGACCUUGAGCGACACGUGGAUUUCAACAUCAAAGGAGAUGACGUUAUAGUGUUCCUCCACAUCCAGAAAACCGGUGGGACUACUUUCGGACGACACCUUGUCCGAAACAUUCACCUCGAACAGCCCUGUGAUUGUAUGCCCGGACAGAAGAAAUGUACCUGUCACCGCCCGGGCAAAGCGGAGUCCUGGCUUUUCUCCAGGUUCUCUACUGGCUGGAGUUGUGGUCUCCAUGCGGACUGGACCGAGCUCACUAACUGCGUGCCUGCAGUGAUGAACAAGAAAAGCAAGAAGGAUGCUCAGAGGAACGGGCGGAACUUCUACUACAUCACCAUGCUAAGGGACCCUGUCUCCCGCUACCUGAGCGAGUGGAAGCACGUGCAGCGUGGCGCCACCUGGAAGACAGCCCUGCACAUGUGUGACGGCCGCUCUCCCACCCAGGACGAACUGCCCGCCUGCUACAGUGGCGACGACUGGACCGGGGUCACGCUGACCAACUUCAUGGACUGCCCUUCCAACCUGGCCAACAACCGGCAGGUCCGCAUGCUGGCCGACCUCAGCCUGGUGGGCUGCUACAACGUCUCCACCUUCACCGCCGGCGCCGAACGGGAGCGCGGCCGCGUCCUACUAGCCAGUGCCAAGAACAACCUCCGCAACAUGGCCUUCUACGGCCUGACCGAGUUCCAGCGCAAGACGCAGUACCUGUUUGAGCGGACGUUCGGCCUGCGCUUCAUCCAGGCUUUCACGCAGAUCAACAGCACGCGGGCGGCCAGCGUGGGGGUGGGGGAGGGGGCUCUGCGGCGGCGCAUCGAGGGGCUCAACGCCCUGGACGUGGAGCUGUACGAGUACGCCAAGGAGCUGUUCCUCCGGAGGUACCAGUACAGCCGCCAGACACAGCAUCAGGAGCAGAGGCUGAGGAGGAGGCAGGAGAGGCAGGAGGAGAGGCAGCGGCUACACCAGCACACAGCCCCCAUCUCCAAAGCCAGGAGGGAGGAGGAGGAGAGGGAGAUAGAGGGGGUGGAAGGGGAGGAGGUGGGAGGUGUAGCCACCACAGAGGACUACAGCAGCCAGGUGGUGAGAUGGUGAGGCCGUAACACCCAUGUAAGGACUAGUACUUCCUGUCAGUCUCUCUCUCUCUUUCUCUCUCUCUCUCUCUCUCUCUCUCUCUCUCUCUCGCUCUCUCUCUCGCUCUCUCUCGCUCUCUCUGCAUUGGGCUGCCCAAUGGUGUCUUAAUCUUUCAGAUGGAUGUAUUUAUUAUUUAUUAUUACUAUAUAUUAUGAUGUGGUAAACUUUUGUUUCUCCUCUCAUGCAGAGUUUAUUGUGUGUGUUCAUUUUCUAAUGCUUGUCUGUUCUUCAAAGUUGCUGAGCAACUCUACGGUGUCAAAUGGACAUUCUACAAGAUUUUAUCAGAAUCUCCAUGGGACUGUAUGUAAAUAAAAUGAGCGCCUCAGGAUUCUUGAAAAGUAAUGUGGUUCGCUUCGGGUUGCAAAGGGAGGGUGCAGUACUGUGCAAACGUUUUAGGCAGGUAAGCUAACACGGUGAGGUUGCUGAAGACAGUUUACUGUCAAAAGUCAUACACCAUGGCAAGACUGAGCCCAGCAACAAGACACAAGGUAGUUAUACUGCAUCAGCAAGGUCUCUCCCAGGCAGAAAUAUCAAGGCAGACAGGGGUUUCCAGAUGUUUUUUGAAGAAGCACAAAGAAACGGACAAUGUUGAGGACCGUAGAUUCAGUGGUCGGCCAAGGAAACUUACUGCAGCAGAUGAAAGACACAUCAUGCUUACUUCCCUUCACAAUCAGAAUUGGCAGAAAACAGAGGGACACUGGUACACCCAUCUACUGUCCGUAGAUGUAUGCUCAGAAGUGCCCUUCCUGGAAGACUUGCGGCCAAAAAGCCAUACCUCCAGGCCUCCCGGGUGCCACCAGAGACUGGGUUCGCGCCCAGGUUCUGUCGCAACCAGCCGCGACCGGGAGGUCCGUGGGGCGACGCACAAUUGGCCUAGUGUCGUCCGGGAUAAGGAGGGUUUGGCCGGUAGGGAUGUCCUUGUCUCAUCGCGCACCAGCGACUCCUGUGGCGGGCCGGGCGCAGUGCACGCUAACCAAGGUUGCCAGGUGCACAGUGUUUCCUCCGACACAUUGGUGCGGCUGGCUUCCGGGUUGGAUGCGCGCUGUGUUAAGAAGCAGUGCGGCUUGGUUGGGUUGUGUAUCGGAGGACGCAUGACUUUCGACCUUCGUCGAGCCCGUACGGGAGUUGACGAGAUAAGAUAGUAGCUAUUAACAAUUGGAUACCACGAAAUUGGGGAGAAAAAGGGGCUACAUUUUUUAAAUAAAAAUAAAAGCCAUAUCUCCGACGUGGAAACAAGGCCAAGCGUCUCAACUAUGCACGAAAACACAGGAACUGGGGUACAGAAAAAUGGCAGCAGGUGCUCUGGACUGAUGAGUCAAAAUGUGAAAUAUUUGGCUGUAGCAGAAGGCAGUUUGUUCACCGAAGUGCUGAGAGCGGUUCACAAAUGUGUGUCUGCAGGCAACAGUGAAACAUGGUGGAGGUUUGGGGCUGCAUUUCUGCAAAUGGAGUUGGGGAUUGGGUCAGAAUUAAUGGUCUCCUCAAUGCUGAGAAGUACAUGCAGAUACUUAUCUAUCAUGCAAUACCAUCAGGGAGGCAUCUGAUUGGCCCGAAAUGUAUUCUACAGCAUGACAACGACCCCAAACAUACUGUGAAAGUCAUUAAGAACUAUCUUCAACGUAAAGCAGAACAAGGAGUCAUGGAAGUGAUGGUAUGGCCUCCACAGAGCCCUGAUCUCAACAUCAUCGAGUCUGUCUGGGAUUACAUGAAGAGAGUAGCACCUGAGGCUGCCUAAAUCCACAGAAGAACUGUGGUUAGUUCUCCAAGAUGUUUGGGCCAACUACCUGCUGAGCUCCUUCAAACUGUGUGCAAAUGUACCUAGAAGAAUUGAUGCUGUUUUGAAGGCAAAGGGUGGUCACACCAAAUAUGGAUUUGAUGUAGAUUUUUCUUCUGUUCACUCACUUUGCAUUUUUGUUAAUUGAUAAAUAUAAUCUAUUAACAUGUCUAUUUUUGAAAGCGUUCUUACUUUACAGAAUUUUUCACACCUGCCUAAAACGUUUGCACAGUACUGUAUAAUACUGGAAACUUUCAAAGUUUACCAGUAAACUACCAGAAUUUUGGUAGCUUUUUUUGUAUUUUAUCAGAUGACAUCUACAGGUCAUUUGGGGUACUUCAGUUUAUCACAGGUGUCUGUAAUUAUAUAUGGCCCUCUAUGUGGCCUUAUCACAUGUAAAAUGUAUUAAAUAAUCACAUAAGAUUUUAAAAUAAGAAAUUGAAUGAAAAACCUGUAAAAUAUUAUCCAAAUAUAAACCAUCAACUUAGUGAAUACCAUUGGUGUUUAAUAUGAGGGUUUCAGCAUAAAACACCUUUAUAUUUUUUUACACACUUCUAUGUCUUUGUUGUAACUGUUUUGGCGUCAAACUGGUAGCAGUUGUGAAAAAAGUCAAUAGUUGGAAGAGUUGCAGAGUUAAAUUAAAAUAAUGCCAUUCUUGAUUAGAUGCUUUUUUUCAUUAAUUAGGCUAUUUCCUCUUGAACGAUAUGGUCUAUACACUAGAAAGUCAUGGACAAUAUGGACACAGAUAUAAAAAAUGUAUACAUAUAUGAAUAUAUAUUUUUUAAGUUAUUUGAGUAAAUGACCAAAGUUACCAAAGAUGACAUUUUAAUUACCAAAAUUACUGAAAAUUCCAGUAACUUUGGUGAAUUAGCGGUAGCUUUGCAACCUAGGACUUGCUCAUGAUAUCUAAAGUAAGAUACGAUAGUAAAUAACACAAUAAAGGAUUCAUUAACCACCCUCCCAUACUUUGGUUAUUUAGGACAGGACUUGUAUUAGUCGACCUUGUAAGUUUGCUUUCCAACUAUGAGUUAGU